AGCCUACUUGAAAGUCACUUCAACUUGCUUUUCUUCGGUUGUCGUUGGAAAGGAUCGAGAUGCGGAGGCUCCUGUCGCUGCUGGGCGACGAGGCUUGGGUGCUUUUUCUGCUGCUUCAACGCGUGCUGUAGUCAACUUUGGAACCAGGUCAUUCUCAAACUGUCUGAGGGGAGACCAAGUCGAGAGGAAGCGAAAUCUAGAGGUCGAGAUGUUUUCUACGUGGGAUCUGGUUCGCCCGACGCUGUGGCACCCCAUGUCGAUGCUGGAGCUGUCCAUGAUGGACACGAGUACACUGCCACAGCUGUCCAUGAGUAUGCGCAACGUGCCCGGCGUCAGCUCGGAUGAGGAGUUCUUCAAGGACCUGCCCACUGCAGAGCAGCAUAAAGAGAAGGAGGAGGAGACGCCCGAGACGGAGAACCAGCGCGCCUUCUCGUCGUACUCGUUCAGCAGCUCGACCGUUGUGGAUGAGGAGGGCUGCAAGGUCAUGAGCACGCGUCGCCGCUACGAGGACUCGACUGGACGUCUGAAAGCUGAGCACGAACGCGAGGUUCUGGGCAAGCGUCUGAAGACCGUCUGGAACCGCAAGAACGCGAAGGACGAGGGCGAGCACCACACGAUGUGCUCUCAUGGCACGCCCGAUGAGUUUGAGAAGAUGUGGAGCAAGACUGCGUUCGGCAAGGCCCAGGAGAAGAAGAACAAGGAGCUCAAGGAGUCGGGUGAAGCCACUUCCGGCAGUCAGCAGCAGCAAAAACAAGUGGAGAGUGCGCCGACGAGCAAGUCCGAGUAAGAUCCUGGUCAGAACUGUGGGGCGGAAGCCAAAAGCGCUUCAUGUGCGUGUGAUUUUGACACUUAGCGACGACAGCGGUUGGAAUUUACGAUAGUUUAAGGUAGCACGGUGGUUAAAAGAUUGAUCGCUGCAGUUGUCUCCCAUAACAAAAACAAAAGAUGCCGCUGCAAUGUAGCGAUGCCAUCUACGUGUAGUGCUGUUUCUCACACGUUAAAUCAGGAUGAGUUUCAAAGUG